AUGACUGGCUGUCCCAUCAGUAUCUCCACAGCAACACAGAUAACCGGAAAGGAGGCCCUCGGUGUUUACAGCACCAGCUGGGUGGCGACUGCUCUCUGCCAGUAUGCCGCCUCACCAGCCUGGCCGGCAGCUGCCAGGCUGCACGGCCGGCAUGAAGAUUACACCAGGAAGAGCAGCACAGUGCUGGAGACCUGGAGCCCCGGCCGGCAGCCAGGGGACCAGGGGGCACCCGACUCGGGCAAGGGCGAGUGUGGCGAAGAGGCCCGAGAGGAGGCCGCGGGGCAGCAGCCUUGUGCCCGGUUAGCCACACACAGCCCUUCGCUGGAGCAGCCCGGUGGUGAGGCGAGACUGACGGUGCUGCUGGAGCAGCGACAGGGCUUCCGCCGGGCGCGGGCGCGGCCCGAGGAGCCCCCUGCCGCCGCCGCCGCCGAAGCGCGGCCCGGCCCGCCGCCCCCCCGCCGCAGCCUCUGCCCGCCGCCGCCGCCGACCCGCGCCGGCCGCCCCUCGCCGCGGCGCCUGGUCAAGCCGCUGCUCUUCGCGGUGGGGUUCACAGGCUCUGCCUUCGGAUCCGCCGCCAUCUGGCAGUACGAGUCGCUCAAGUCGCGGGUCCAGACCUAUUUUGAGGAAGCUCGAGCAGACUGGUUGGAUAAAAUACGGCCACAGAAGAGGGGGGACUUCAGAAAGCAGGUUAACAGCUGGUGGAAUAACCUGACUGAGGGUCAGCGGACUGUGACAGGCAUUAUAGCUGCAAAUGUCUUUGUAUUCUGUUUAUGGAGGCUGCCUGGCAUGCGACGGAUUAUGUUUACAUAUUUCACCUCAGAUCCAUCCUCCAGAGCCCUGUGUUCUCCCAUGCUGCUAUCUACGUUUAGUCACUUCUCUCUAUUCCACAUGGCAGCAAAUAUGUAUGUUUUAUGGAGUUUUUCCAGCAGCAUUGUCUCUCUUUUGGGAUGUGAGCAGUUCAUUGCAGUGUAUCUUUCUGCUGGGGUUAUCUCCACUUUUGUCAGUUACGUUGCCAAAAUGGCCACUGGAAGGUUUGAACCAUCCCUUGGAGCUUCAGGAGCUAUAAUGACUGUCCUUGCGGCCGUAUGUACAAAGAUGCCAGAAGCAAAACUAGCCAUCAUAUUUCUUCCAAUGUUCACAUUUACAGCAGGAAAUGCUUUAAAAGCCAUAAUUGCAUUUGAUACUGCAGGGCUUGCUCUAGGCUGGAGACUUUUUGACCAUGCUGCACAUCUUGGGGGAGCUCUCUUUGGAAUGUGGUACGUGACUUAUGGCCACGAGCUCAUAUGGAAGAACAGAGAACCACUGGUGAAAGCUUGGCAUGAAAUGAGGACAAAGACGACAGGAAAAGGAGGAGGUGGAAGAUCUAACUGAUUCUAAUCCUAGAGAUUCGUUGUGCCCAAGUGGUAUAUUACUUGAAGACAUGGGAUUGAAUUGGUUUUGAAGGUUUUUUGCUACUCUACAUUAAGCCUCUAAGGAGCUGAAGUUUCUAAUGUAAACUACAGUUACAAAAAUGCAUAUCAAUAGAAGAUGAACUCUGACAAAGGUGGAACAAUAAAGGUUUUUAUCCUGUUGCUUUCUGA